AUGACUCUAUCGACGACAGCGAUAAAUGUUGAUGAUGAUAAUAAUAAUUAUAAAUCGAAAUACUCAUCAACUCGACUUCGUACCAAAUCUAUGAGACGAACUCCUAAGCACGAUGACGAUAGCGAUGAUGAAACAAUUAUAAAAAAACGUUUAAAUAAAUUUCUUCUUUGCACAUUUGUUGACAUUGAUGAAAAUAUAAUGGGUAGUGAAAACAGCAAAACACCGAUAGGCUAUCAUCCAAACACUGUACCUAAAUCAAUAUUAAAGAAGCAAACUUCCUAUCCAGGUACUUAUAGACCUGGAAACAUUGGUUAUCCUCAAUAUGCUAAUAAUUAUUCUGUACCAUACAAUGGAAAUUAUAUUCAAACACAAAGUAAAACUAAUAUACCUGAAGACUCUUCAUCAUCUCAUCCUCAUCAUCAUUCACGACGUCGACAUCAUCAUCAUCAUCAUCACCAUCAUCAUCAUCGUCCACAACGUUGUGAACGUGAAACGCAAACAACUCCUUCUAUAUCUUUUAGGCUUGAGAAUCCAAUUCAACAACCACUUUCGAUUACAAAGGAUGAACGUUCCACUCCUGUUUUUCUUCGAAAAAACUCGAGUUCAAACUCACUUAAUGGACUUUCUACUCCUGAUUUGCUUGAAGAAAGUUCCACUUCUAAUUCACUUGAUGAACGUUCAACUUCUCCAAUUAAAAAAUCUACAUCACUUGCUGUAGUCAAGCAACCGUCGUCUUCUCUUGUCAAUAAGAAAUAUUAA